UCUCACUCUACAAUAAUUCCAUGUAUAUAUCUCAAUAUUAUUCACAAAUAAAAAAGCCCACAUAGAGAGAGAAAAAAAAAAAAAAGAGAGAGAGAGAGAGAGGAAAGAAGAUUACAGGGCAACACUCACACACCCCCAAAAACCCUAUUCAAGAACAAGAAGCAGAUACAUAUACAUAUUUAUAUAUAUUAAUAAUUGAAGAUGAGAUAAAGAAGGAAGCUAGGUAGGUGAUCGAUAGAUCCAUCAAGAAAUCUAUAUAUAUACAUACAUAUAUAUAUAUAUAAGGCAAUGAUUGGUUCGAUGGAGGAUGAGGAUCGAAGCAGCAGCAAGCAGAAACAGCAGCAAUUAGGUUUAGACGAAGAAGAAGAUGAAGAGCAAGAACAAUCAGAGAUAGUGAUGCCGGGAUUCCGAUUCCACCCGACGGAGGAGGAGCUGGUGGAGUUCUAUCUCCGGCGGAAGGUGGAGGGGAAGCGGUUCAGCGUGGAGCUCAUCACCUUCCUCGACCUCUACAGGUACGACCCCUGGGAGCUCCCCGCCAUGGCCGCAAUCGGAGAGAAGGAGUGGUACUUCUACGUCCCCCGCGACCGCAAGUACCGGAACGGCGACCGGCCCAACCGCGUCACCACCUCCGGCUACUGGAAGGCCACCGGCGCCGACAGAAUGAUCCGCAGCGAGGCCAACAGUCUCCGGUCGAUCGGCCUGAAGAAAACCCUCGUCUUCUACUCCGGCAAGGCCCCCAAAGGCAUCCGAACCAGCUGGAUCAUGAACGAGUAUCGUCUCCCCCUCCACGACACCCAACGCCUCCACAAGGCUGAAAUCUCCCUUUGCCGAGUCUACAAGCGCGCCGGCGUAGAAGACCACCCGACCCUCCCCCGAUGUCCUUCCGGCCGCGCCACCUCAUCCAAGGCCUCACAUUCAUCCAAGAAUGUCCACCACACAACCACCAAUUCGCCGGCAUUCUUACACGGUGGAUCAUCAUCGUCAAAUGCUAAUAAAGUAGGCGAGUCGAGCCCGAGUAGCAGCACAGACAUAGGCACCACAAUUGCCCUAAAUAGCCCCAACAAGAACAACCCUAAUUUCCAAAAUUUCAAUAAUCCAUUGCUGCCCUCCCAACUCAUGUCUUCUUCCAACAUAAUAAAUCAUCCAGCUGGAGAUUUGGAUGAUCAAACCAUGAUUUUCUUACAGUCCAAACAUAAUCCUCCUGCAGUUCUUUCCCAACCUAACUGUAAUAGCAUCUUCUCCACCACGAUGAUGAUGCCGGCAUCUCAACAAAUCGAUGAUCUUCAUAAGCUCGUGCACAGCAUUCAGAAUUACUCAACUCAUCAUCACCAGAUUAGUACAUUGCCUAAUAUUCAUCAUGAUCAAAAUCAUAACCCUCAUCAGUAUUCUGGUCUUCUUCAACAAUUCUCAGCUAUGCAGCCGCCGCCACUGCCGCCUAAUAUUUCUCCGACUGCCGCCUUCCAGUGGGACUGGACCGCCAUGUCAGAGACAAGCAAGGACUUCACCAAUCUAUUCAACCGCUACUCGAAAGAGUGCACUGGGUAACCCCGGCCGAAUCUAAUAUCCUACAAAUUAGGCGAAUUGAACCAUGUGUGGCAGGUGACCCGAGGACCCAUGACUUCGCGGUCACACGUCCAAUCUCCGCACCACCAGACCAUCGCCAUUGCCAUCGCUUACGAGACGAGAAUAUAUGGAUUUUUGUUUGGUAAACUGAUGGAGUAUGAAUAUAAUCAUGGAGACAAAAGAAAAUGUCUGUUAGUCAUAUGUGUGUGUUUAUGUCUUUGUAGAAUAUUAUACUCAUUAA